AGUGGUUUUGGGGUGAGUUUCAGUAGUUUUGAGGUGUUUUUGAGGUGGUUUUGGGGUGAGUUUCAGCGGUUUUGGGGUGUUUUUGGGGUGCAGGCUGCCUGUUGUGGGGUGCUGGGCCGGGGGGUGUGUAGGGCGCUGUAGGGGCCACGCAGCGUUGCUGCGGGGGGGUUUUGGGGUGUUUUAGGGUUUUGGGUGGGACGCUGAGUGUUGUGAGGGUGUCGUUGGGGUCCUUGGGGUGCAGGGGGGUGUUUUGGGGUGCUGCAGGUGGGUGCUGAACAACGGGGCACUGGGAGCACUGGGAAGGGGACACUGGGGACUUUGGGACAGCAACAUUGGAGCAGGGGCACUAGGGACACCGGGAGGGGGAAAUGGGGACCCCUGAGAGGACUGGGGACAGCGGGGACACUGGGGACACUGUCCCCACUCCGCCCCUCAUCCCCGUGCCUCAGUUUCCCCCCGCUCGCAGCCCGGGGCGGGGCGGGGGGGUCGCUCCCAGCCCCACCCGCGAUGCCGGGGGUCCCGCUGCUCUUCGUCCUCCUCCUCCUCCUCCUCCUCAUGGCCGGGACCCCCGCCCAGUCCUUCCCGCGGGACCUGGUGGCUCGCAGCACCGUGGGGCUCGCAGCCACCGCCGCGUACCCGCGCUUCGGGGGUCUCCGGGGGGACAACGGCACGGCACGGCUCGGCCUCGACUUCCAGCGGAUGCUGCGGCUGAACGGGACGCUCUUCGUGGCUGCCCGGGAUCACAUCUACGCCUUCGACCUGCGGCAGGACAAGGGGACGCUGUACCCGGAGCGGCACCUCACCUGGGAGACGCAGGACAGGGAGAACUGCGCCAUGCGGGGCCGGCGGCAGGACGAGUGUCACAAUUACAUCCGGGUGCUGGUGCCCCGCGACGCCGAGACCCUCCUGGCCUGCGGCACCAACGCCUUCAGCCCCCUGUGCCGCACCUACCAGGUGAGCAGCCUGGCACAGCAGGGUGACGAGGUCAGUGGCCAGGCCCGGUGUCCCUUUGAUGCCAAGCAAAGCAUCGUGGCUCUCUUUGUCGAUGGCAGCCUGUACUCGGCCACGGUGGCCGAUUUCCAGGCGAGUGAUGCCGUGAUCUACCGCAGCCUGAGCCCCGGGCAGGCUCCCCUGCGCACCCUCAAAUACAGCUCCCGCUGGCUGCAGGGUACCCCGAAAUGGGGACCCUGAGGGUGUCCAGGUGCUGACCCUGGGUGGUGCCCAGGUGCUGACCCUCAGGGUGCCCAGGUGCUGACCCUGAGGAUGCCCAGGUGCUGACCCGGGUGCCCAGGUGCUGACCCGCGUUGCUGUGCAGGUGCUGUGGCCCGGGUGGCCCGGGUGUGCCGCAACGACCGCGGCGGGUCUCCGCGGGUGCUGGAGCGGCGCUGGACGUCCUUCCUGAAGGUGCGGCUGCAGUGCUCCAUCCCUGGGGACACCGUCUUCUACUUCGAUGUCCUGGAGGCCGUGACACCCCCCCAGACCCUGCACGGGCGCCCCGCUGUUCUCGCCCUCUUUGGCACCCAACCCAACAGCAUCCCCGGCUCGGCCGUGUGCGCCUUCUACCUGGCAGACGUGGAGCGCUCCUUCGAGGGCCCCUUCGCCGAGCCCCGUGGGACCACCUGGACCCCCGUGCCAGAGGAGAGGGUCCCUCAGCCCAGGCCGGGCUGUUGUGCCGGGAUGGGACCUGCUGCCGGCGUUGUCACCUCCGGGGACUUCCCUGACGAGACGCUGGUGUUCGCCAAGGAGCACCCGCUGCUGCACGGCGCCGUGGGCCCCGCGGGCGGGCGGCCCCUCUUCACCCACACCGGCACCAGGCUGACCCAGCUGGCCGUGGACACGGGCGCGGGGCCCCGCGGGAACCAGACCGUGCUGUUCCUGGGCGCCGAGGACGGGCGGCUGCUGAAGGUCCUGGCAGCUGCACAGAGCCCCGAGGCCACGCAGCCCCCCGGGGGCACCCCAGCACCGGGGGGCACCCGAGAGCCGGGGGACAGCAGGGACAGCAGUGGCAAGACGCUGCUGCUGGAGGAGAUCAGCCUCUACGACCCCGGACGGAGCUGCCUGGCUGCCCGAGACCCCUAUUGUGUCUGGCUGCCCUCCAGGGGCUGCGUCCCCUUCUCCGAGGACCUUCCGAGUGGCUUCCAGCAGGACGUGGAGGGAUCCCUGGGGAUCAGCGGGACCUGCCAAGGGGCUGCAGAGGACAGUGACGAGGAUGGAGACCUGGCCCACGGGGUGCGGCACCCGGGCCCGGAGGCCGAAUCGACGGUGCCGGUGCCGGUGCUGGUGGGCUGCGUGCUGGGCGCCUUCGCCCUGGGAGCCCUGGCCACCGGGCUGGUGGCCACCUGCUGCCAGCGCCCCGCCGUCCCCAAAGCCCCCCCGGAGCCGCCCUGCGCCCCUCGGACCCCGACCCAAACUCCCGUCCCCCGCCUGUAUCCCGCGCUGCCGCCGCGGGACCCCCCCGAGCCCGAGCCCGAGCCCCCCGCGCUGCCCCCGGCCCGCGCACCCCGCGACCGGGAGCCCCGGCGCGGCCCCGCGGAGCCCCCCGGGCCGGGACCACCGGGCAGGGCUGCCCGGGAGGAGAUGCCGCAGCGGCUGCCCGGGGGCUCGGGGUGGCCCGUGACCCCCCCGGGCACCGGCUCCUUUACCAACCGGGUGCUGCCGCGCUCCGCGGGUCCCGGACCCCCCUUCGGCCCCCACGACCGGGCUCCGGUGCGCCUGGAUGUGCCCCCCGACAGCCCCCCGGCCCCGCGGCGGCCGCUGGCACAGAGCCGCUCGCUGGGGGGGACCCCCGUGAGCCCCCCCGGGCCGCCGCGGGGCCUCACCCGCAUGCACUCGUUGGGGACACCGGGGGGGACACCCUGGGGACCCCGGCCCGGCGCCCUGGAGCGCUCCCUGUCCAUGAAGCCCCCCGUGCUCCCCAAGCCGCUGCUGCUGCCCGCGGCCCCGGGGCGGCACUGAGACCCCCCCCGGGACACCCCAACUGCAGCCGGGGGACCCCGCGCUGUCACCUUCCCCCAGCUCUCUGUCCCCACGUCACCAGGACAGCCCCCAGCAGGGUGACAGGGAUCCCCGUGUCCCCACGUUGCAGUGACAAGGUCUCCAUGUCUCCCGUCCCCCUGGUUUUGCUUUUUUUUUAAAUUCUUUCUAAUUUAUUUUCUGUUCGGCGGGGGGAUGGGAGUUGCUGUCACCCCCCCUUUGGGGACACCAAGAAGGGGGACACAUGGCCCAGCCCAUCCUACUGUGUAGGACCAGGGCUGGGCCGGGGCACUGCAACAGUGGCACAGGAUUUUAAUAAAAAAUACAGAACAAA